AAUUAAAGUCGUCUGCUGUGUGUUUAGCAUGUGCUGGAAGACUACAUUGGAAAACACUUCUAUAGAAGAUGUGGGCUCAGUCAAGCAGUGGAGGACAAAAAAUUUGUCGAAGAUGUCUGAGGUUCAUCAGAUCAACACAAAGAUAUAUCAGUCAUCAAGAAACAUGGACAUCACCCAAGAUAAGGAAGGCUUUUGUAGACUUUUUCAAGGAGAAUUAUGAUCACCAGAUUAUUCCUUCUUCGUCAAUUAUUCCUGUAAAAGACGGUGGAACAUAUUUCACAAAUGCUGGAAUGAAUCAAUUCAAGCCAAUUUUCCUGGAAAGUGUUGAUCCCAACAGCAAGAUGGCUCACUACAAAAGAGUGACUAACCACCAAAAGUGUAUUAGAGUUGGGGGUAAACAUAAUGAUCUGGAGACUGUGGGAAAAGAUCUUUAUCACCAUACUUUCUUUGAAAUGUUAGGAAGUUGGUCUUUUGGUGAUUAUUUUAAGGAGGAGGCAUGUGCCAUGGCGCUAGAGCUGUUAACUAAAGUUUAUGGCCUGCCAGUUUCUCGUCUGUAUUUUACAUACUUCAGUGGUGAUGCCAAACUUGGGCUGCAUCCAGACCUAGAAACCAAAAAUAUAUGGCAGAGUUUAGGCAUACCUCAGAAGCGUGUCCUGCCUUUCUACAUGGAGGACAACUUUUGGGACAUGGGUAAGACAGGACCAUGUGGUCCUUGUACGGAGAUUCACUACGACCACACAGGGGAUGGAACCGGAGUACACCUCGUCAAUAGGGGCUCCCCACAGGUUGUGGAGAUCUGGAAUCUAGUCUUCAUGCAGUAUAACAGGUGUGAAGAUUCCACUCUAACAAACCUUCAACGACAUCAUGUAGAUACUGGGAUGGGUCUGGAGAGGAUUGCUGCUGUUCUUCAAAACACAGAGUCUAACUACAACACUGACCUCUUCUAUCCUAUAUUUGAUGCCAUUGCGAAGGAGACAAAGAUGCAACCUUACCAGGGUUUGGUAGGAGAACAAGACAAGGGAGGGAUUGAUACUGCCUACAGGAUUGUAGCCGAUCAUAUUCGCAUGUCAUCCAUAUCCAUCAGUGACAAUCUAUUGCCCAAUAGAGCUGGUCUUGGGUUAACCCUGAGAUAUGUCAUGUCACAGUGUUUCCAUCAGGCCUACCAGGUAUUAGGAAUGCCCCAUGGCUCGGUGUCUGGGCUGGUGGAUGUUGUUGUUGACAGUCUGGGAGAGGCCUACCCAGAACUACAAAAAAAUCACUCAAAGAUUAGAAAUAUUACAAAAGACACAGAAAAGUGGUAUACAAGUUUAGUUUCCAGUUCAGAAAAGGCUUUCAGCAGAUUUGUUAAGAAGACUUCAAGCAAGAGGGAUCAUAACAAUUUGUCAGUUGAAGACAUGAUGAACCUUCACAAAGGAAAAUACGGUAGCAAAGUUCCACUCACCAUUAUGCAAGAAAUUGCUGUGAAACAAGGAUACUCAUUGGAUGAUGUCGCCUUUCAGGAAGCCAUUAUACAAGAACAAGAGUUAGAUCAUAAUUCUGAGAAAAAAGACACACUGAAGUUAAAUAGAAGUAUGAUAGAAUCUCUACAACAACGAGGCAUUCCCUGCACUGAUGACAGUUUCAAAUAUAGCUACUCAUCCAAUGGAGGCAAAUAUGCAUUCCUUGAUGAUUUAAAGUGCAGUGUACUAGGACUUGUAGAUGGUGAAGGCUUUGUGGAUGAGAUUGGUGCUGAUGUUCAAUGUGGAGUCAUUGUUGACAAAAGCAUGUUUUAUAGUGAAGCUGGUGGCCAAACCGCAGACAUUGGCUACAUUAAGACGGAGCAUGGAUCCUUUAAGGUAGAGGAUGUGCAGUCAUUUGAUGGCUAUGUGUUGCACAUUGGGCGUGUUGAGAAUGGAAACCUCAGUCUGGGUGAGACUGUGUCACAGAUGAUCGACCAGAAACAUAGGUUGGGAUGUAUGAGAAACCAUACAGCUACACACCUAUUGUUAGCAGCAUUGCGUAAGAUCAUGGAUACCAACAUUGAACAGGCUGGUUCCAGCAUCUACCCCGAUAGCUUCUCAUUUGACUUCACUACACCUGUUAAGAUGGAAUCUGACCAUGUGACACAGGUAGAAGAUGUAGUAAAGGAAUCUAUUCAUAGGAAUGAGCCAGUGGAGAGAAAAAUGUAUCCUCGAGAUGUUGCUAUGGAAAUGGAGAACAUUGUACCAUUGAGGGAUGAGGUUUAUCCCUCGGAUGUGUAUGUGCUUAGUAUAGGAAAUUCUGGGUCUGAAAAUCUGAGAUCUACAGAGCUUUGUGGAGGAACUCAUGUCAGCAGUACUGGUGACAUUGGAGAUUUCUACAUCACCUCAGUGAUCAGGGCCAAUCAGGCUACAAAGAGAAUAUAUGCUGUAACAGGGCAACACACACAACAGGUUUAUGAAACAGGAAAGAGGGCACUGGAGUUACUCCAGAAGGUCAAGUCUGAAAUUAAUGACAAAGACAAAAUCAAAGACCUUAAUGAAUGUGUCCAAGAACUCAAUGAUAUGUUUGGUUUAGUUAUGCCAAAAGUAAUGAGAGACCAAGUUUAUCCAGAAUUACCACAGCUGUCAAGGCACUUGUCCGGCCUAGAAUCGGAACGGCUUACUGCUAAUGCCCAACAGGUUAUUACUAAAGUAAUUGAAGCCCAGCAACAUUCAAGUUUUGUUCUAUGCAGAAGUGAUUUAAGAAAAGAGAAGCAGGGUAUCAAGCUGUUACUCAGACAGGCAGACGUAGACAAACCUUUAUGUCUGGUAUCGGAUCUGCAGGACUCCAUCUUCAUAGCUGUAACAGGCCCUAGGACUUGUUCAAGGGAGAUGAAGGAUGUUGUAGAUAAAGUGAUGAAAACUUACAGCUGUGGAACCAUGUUUGCUCAGAGUAAAAAGGACAGACAAUUAUAUUCUACUGAUCUGAAAAAACAUCUGAUGACCGCAGAAGAAGCUGAUGUGGAGAAAGUGUAUGAAGUUACUAGAACUAUAUUGAAUUCUCUUUAUGCAGAAGUUAAACAAGGACUAAACUAAAUGUAACCAAGGAUUAAACUAAAUGUAAACAAGGAGUAAACUAAGUGUAAGAACAUACUAGGACAGUACAAGAUUCUGUUUGUGCUGAAGUUCAAUGGGUAUUAAACUUAACACUGAAUAAUGUAUGUGAUACAAGUUUUUAUUUGAAAAAGAAAAUGAAAUUUGAAAAAAAAAAAUUAAAAAAAAAAUAAUUUAUUGACAUGUUUUUUGAAGUAAUCUUAUAGUAAAACUUUUAAACUUCAGGUUAGAAUCAAGAUUGUUUUUUAAAAUAUGGCAAAGAAAUCAUCGCUGAUGCUAUACUGAGGCAGAUUUAGUUAAAGGUGAAAAUUCAAUAUAGCUGCAGCAGUACUUGUUUAUGUUACCAAAGUGAAUCAAUGUGACUUAAGAUUCGCUAUGAAAUGUUUGUCUUUUUUAUGAUGUUUGACAAAAAUGCCUUUUUCCUCAUACUUUAUUUUUUUUUACAUUGUGAUAUGUGUUCACUAAAUGUGGACAUCAAUUGCUAACAAGUAUUAUAACUAUAAUUAUAUUCAUUUACAAUCUAUGAUGGCUUGAAAAAUGUAACUCAUUUGUGGGAGAACGAGAAAAUUUAGAAUAUACAUUUUAGUUACACAAUAAAAAGAAGAAAAAAGAAAUGAUUGCUUUAGACUGUAAAUGCACAAAGUUUUAGCAUUGCAGCAAUUAGGAGUUACUGGUAUACAGUAACUGUAUGAUAUGAAACUGCAAAUGUUUAAAGCCCCCAAAAAAUAAAAUAAUGUGCAAGUCACAUGAAAUUUCUGUUUUCCUGAAUUUUUGAUAAUCUUACAUUUAUUUUAAUUCAUAUAUGAAAAUCAUUAUAUGUUCUGUGAAAUGAAAAUUCUAAUAGUUCCUGUCAGAAAUCUCAUAUAAUGUGGGAACUUUGUGAUCUUCAAUACAGGUAUAUGUAAUGGUCCAUUUGAUACUUGUUGAUAAAAAAAAAUUGGUAGGCUAUCUUAACUAUGGAAAUACAUCGUAUACUGACUGUUAUUAUAACCAUUGGUAUGCACUAUCUGUUUAUAUACAUGGGUCUUUGUUGAUAUCAAAGUUCAUGCAUGGCCAUAUAGGCAUGAACUGGUACUGAAUUUUUGGAUAUUUUUACUUCAGUUAUGUUCGACGUUAUUGUUCUUGUAAAAGAAACUUGCUAUGAAAACAAAACAAGACAAAUAAAUUUAUGUAUGCUUUGUACAA